CGGUUCACCGGCUAAUAGGCGCGCGCUGCAGCUGAAUAUGAAUCGCUCGCUAUAAUAAAUUAGUGCCAGUUUGGUGCCGCGGUGCCUCGAAGAAAAAACAAUCAGGUGGUGAGAUCCGUGCGUCACAGGGACCUCGGAGGCGGUGUGUUUGCUGUGCUGCCUCAGACCGUGAAGGGGUCAUUAAGUGCGCCCACCGAUCACCGAUCAGCGCCUUAAUUGAAUUAAAAAAAACGUGCCAAUUGCGUGCCGAUCCACCCGGAUGACCUCCGGAGUGACGGAGGGGACAGUGCGGGGGGGAGUCAGCGCCGGAGGAGAUGCGCAUAUCUGCAGGUGCUCUAGCGCUGUCGUAAAACGGGAGUCGGCGGCGAGGCAGCGAUCAUCAGAGCGAUGCCAGGGGUAACCAAGUACAAUUUAGUGGAUGACGCGCACGAUUUGAGGAUCCCCAUGCACAACGACGAGGUGUUCAAGCAUGGGGUGUGCUUCGAGGCAAAGUACAUCGGCAGUCUGGAGGUGGGUCGCCCCGGCAGCCGGAUGGAAAUCGUCGCUGCGAUGAGGAGAAUCAGAUAUGAAUUCAAACUGAAGAAUAUAAAGAAAAAGAAGGUCAACAUUGUCGUGUCCACUGAUUAUGUCAAAGUCAUCUUGCGCAAAAAGAGGAAGCGAAAAGGGUGGUCAUGGGAUGAGAAUACAGUCAUGGUGGCACAGGAUCCCAUCUACAGGAUCUUCUAUGUCUCACAUGACGCCCAAGACUUGAAGAUCUUCAGUUAUAUUGCCAGAGAAGGACAGAGCAACAUUUUCCGCUGCAAUGUGUUCAAGUCAAAGAGGAAAUCCCAGGCCAUGAGGAUCGUGCGCACCGUGGGUCAGGCGUUCGAUGUGUGUCACCAGCUGACCCAGCAGCAGAAAAGCGAUGACCAGGAGGAUGAGGAGGGCAAGGCGGAGGAGUCGGAGGCGUUGCCAGCAAAGAAGAGGUUUGCAUUGUCGGAGGAGACCGACCUUGAAGCCACUACAGAGGAGAGCAUUGAAUGUGUCUCCUCGUCAGACCUGGAGAAGAGCAAAAAGGACGAGGCCCUCAGUAAUGAUGGGAAGGUGUCAGAUGAGCCGUCUCUCCUGCUGAGCUCCCCCCUCCUCGGAGCCUCUGUGUCGGGUCUGUCUGCAGAGGAGGCCCCCUGCUCCUCGGAGCACCAGGUCCAUCUGCUGCAGAAACAGCUGCGUCAGCAGGAGCAGCAGGCGCUGGCUGCCUCAGAGCAGGUCCAUCUACUGCAGGACCAGCUGUCGGUGGAGGUGUGUGAGCGGACUGAAACGCAGGCCAGGGUGCAGAGGCUGCUGCUGCAGAACACCGACCUGCUGCAACACAUCUCCCUGCUGGUCAAACAGAUACAGGAGCUGGAGCUCAAAGCUGCGGGCCACUUAACAUCUAUGGGCUCCCAGGACAGUCUUCUGGAGAUCACUUUCCGCACUAAACCACCCAGCUCUUCUUUAUCGAUGGGCUCUUUUGCAGCUCAAUCCCAGGUCCAGAUUAUUGACAGCCCCUGGUUCUCCUCCCUCCCCGGGGCCUGCUCUCCUGGCACCCUGUGCACCGACACCAGCCCUCUGGGGUUCCCCGGCAGUGGAGUUCGCCUUGAGUGCUUCCGCUUCUCCUCCCGCCAGCCGGACAGCCAGGAGCAGGUCCAGGACUCGGGGGAUACCCCCAGCGACGGAGGCCCGGACGACUACUCGCCGCUGGGGGAACAGGUCCUGGGAGCUCUGGAGCUGCUCCGGUUCAGGGAGUCAGGUAUCGGGUCAGAGUAUGAGUCGAACACAGAUGAGAGUGAUGACCGGGACAGUUUGGGGCAGGGGGAUGCAGUGGGGGGGGCUGACGGUGCUGCUCGACUCUUAAACGUGCUGAACGCAGAAAGUCUACCGGACUGCUUAGGGGAUGAGAUGGCGGUGUAGUGGCGCUCUUAUGCCUCGGUGCCACAUUUAUCUCUGUAAAUAUGCAAGUCGCCAGAAAGUAAAACCAUUUUGAAACCUCCGUAAUUCCCAAUGUGUUUGCAAAAUAACUCCUUCAGAACUUUUCUGGUCAGGAAGUUAACUUCAAGAACAAUGAAAAAUGGGAACUUUUGCAACAGUUUUUGGACAGGCCGCACACACUGUAUGCCACAUGUUAGCAUGCUAACUUCCUGUGGUAUUAGAGAAUGAGUUAACAGGCUAUUUCAUUCAAUUCAGUUGCUUCACUAUGUUGAAAGUCACAUUUUUGAAAAUUGAUAUUGUAUAUUGAACCAUUAACUAAUGCAGAUAGUUUACCACAUUGUAAGUUUUAGUAAUGUUAUUUGCCUAAAUGUAUGAUUAGCAAAGCCUACACUUCUCAAAUUGAUUUGAAAGGAAAGUACAUUUACGUUCUCCGUAUACUGUAUCUAAUUACGGACUCAAAACCAAACUGUGUGGGAACAUGGCUGCACAAAGCAGCAUUGCACUUAUCCACCACCCCAAUGGGAAACAGAUGCAAUCAUGUAUUGUGACAUCAGUAAAAUACAUUAUCGACAUAGCACUUACUACUCUUCUGUUCCGGUUUGCUACUUCCUGUGAACUGAGAAAAUGUUCCAUGCCUGAAAGUAUGUUUUGCUCUGUUGCUGCUUUUAAGACCAAAACAUGUAAUUUCAGAUAAGAAUUUGGCCCUUUUCAAAACUUGGACUGUAUAAUCUCUGUGGUGUUUCAUGCUCCGCCUUUCCGAAGAUCUCUGCUUUCUGUUAGUACGUGUUGCAUACUGUGUGCUGGUCAGUUUGGUUCCUUGAUUCGCUGGGCUUGUUACACUGUGGUUGUGUCUGUGUUUAUGAAGUUGUGACACAUUCGGCACCAAUGUGGUCAUUUUUGCUGUUCACCCAAUGAAGAUUUUUGAGGAAAAGUCUAUCUGGAUAUGCUAACACAUGUUUUGAGACAAUUAAAAACUGUGCUUGUCAUGACACAUCAUCUGUAAA